AUGAUAGAACACGAACUGCAGGGGUUGGGGAUUUGGUCCAUUGAAGCUUCUUACUCUGAUGAUUUCACCACAACAGCGAGAGCAGACUUUGAAGUUAAAGAAUACGUUCUUCCCAGUUUCUACAUCCUUGUGGAACCAGAAGCUAACUAUGUUAGCUACGGAAACUUCAACCGUUUCAACUUCAAGGUUUUAGCCAGGUAUGUCCACGGUGCUCCGGUGGCUGAGGGGGAAGUCUUUCUGCGUUACGGCUACGUUAGCGGGACCAAUCCUCCGGUUAUCAUCCCGAGCUCCAUCACCAGAGAGAGAUUGUCCUCAGCGGGUGAAUUGGACGUGACUGUGAACAUGGAGAUGGUCCUGUCCAAACACGACGGACCCAAAGACCUCAACAGUCUGGUGGGAACAUACCUGUACAUCGCUGUGCUGCUGCAGGAGGACACAGGUGGCAUCACUCAGGAGGCGGAGUUUGCUGCAGUGAAGUUCGUCAAAUCACCGUACAGGCUGAGCCUGUUGUCCACGCCCCCCUUCAUCAAACCUGGUCUUCCUUAUACCAUCCAGGUGCUGGUUAAAGAUCACUGUGACAAACCGGUGAACCGGGUUCAGGUCCGUCUGGUGGAGCGACGGUUGUUCAGAACUGGGACGGAGAGCGAGGUCCUCCCCUGUCCCGACUCCGUCGACAGCCAAUCAGACGGCCUCGCUGUCUUCAUCUGCAACACGCCGAGGGAGGGAGUCCGAGCGGUGCUGAAGUUUGAGACGGCCGACCCCGCCCUCCCAGCAGCCAGUCAGGCCGUUCUGACUCUGGAGCCGUCGGCCUAUCACUCCCCGAACCAGCGCUACCUGUACAUCGACACCCCGCUGCCCGGCCACAGCCUGCAGGUGGGACUCUUCUCCAACAUCAAGGUGUACUCGGCCGCGCCCUCCUACGUGCCCAUCAGAGCGCUCAGCUACAUGGUGCUCUCCAAAGGGAAAGUGGUGGAUUUCGGCAGUCAGAAGUUCGUCUCCAGCGGCGAUCACAGUCAGACUCUGACCUUCAAGGUUACGACCUCCAUGGCGCCAUCCAUUAGACUGCUGGUGUACUACAUCCUGUUCGGAGAGGCGAUGUCGGAGCUGGUGGCCGACUCCAUCUGGCUCGAUGUCAGAGCCAAAUGUGUCAACGGACUGCAGACUGACCUGUCAUUUCGUAGUCGGGUCUACAAACCGAAGGAAAACCUCCGGCUGGACAUCCGGACCAAUCAGGACGGUCUGGUGGCGCUGUCAGCGGUCGACUCCGCCGUCUUCACGCUGAGACCAAACUACAGGGAUCCCGUUUCCACGGUUCUGCGUCACCUCGAGCAAAGCGACCAGGGCUGCGGUCGAGGCGGCGGCAGAGACAGCGCAGACGUCUUCCGAUUGGCUGGCCUCACCUUCAUCACCAACGCCAACGCCCAACCGUCAACCAGCAGUGCGGCGUGCACAGCAGCUGUGCGUCCAAAGCGAACUGUGACUCCAGAGGAGCAGACAAAGAAAGCGGAGAGUUACGGUCCGCUGAAGAGUUGCUGUGAACUGGGCAUGAGGUACAUCCCAAAGAGUGUGAGCUGCCAUCAGUUCUCCCUGCAGUUGUUCAAAAAGCCCUCGUACUGCAGACAAGUCUUCAGAGUCUGCUGUGAGUUCAUCCAGCAGAACCUGGACGGGAACCUCGUGCUGGGACGCAGCGCGUUGGGUGUGGACUUCGACGUGGCUCCUUCUCUGGUGCGGAGCUACUUUCCGGAGAGCUGGAUGUGGGAAGUGCAGCCCGUCAGAUCGGGCCAGAUGUCGGCCAUCAGGCCUCUGCCAGACUCUCUCACCACCUGGAACAUCAGGGCCGUCGGCAUGUUCAGCAGCGGUGUGUGUGUAGCGGAGCCGGUGCAGGUGUCGGUGGGUCUGCAGCUCAGCAUAGACGUCCCGCUGCCGUACGAGGUGGUGAGAGGAGAGCAGCUGGAGCUGAGGGGCUCCGUGUACAACCAGCAGCCCGACAGGAUCUCGUACUGUGUGACGCUGACGGCCGGCCCGGCGCUCUGCCUGCAGCAGUCCCAGCCGGCCGCCGGGGGGUCGGGGCUGCACUCCACCGCCUGCAACUGGAGCCCCCUGUCUGCAGGCGGGGUGGGGAUAGUGAGCUUCACCCUGCUGGGCCUGCAGCCUGGAGAACACACGCUGACCUUCACCCUGAAGACACGCCAAGGAGGCCGAGACAUAGUGGAGAAGAAGCUGCGAGUGGUGGUACGAACACGGAGGACGGAGUCUAAACUGUAGAUGCAAACACAAAGUGUUCAGAUAUCACAACAUC